GCUUUAUACUGUGAUAAGCAGUCUAUCUUUUAUAUGUCUAUGGUGGAAACCGGCUCGUUUAGCAAUUGCUUCUGCAGCACGAGAUUUGCACGAGAUAUAUGAGAGCUAGAGGGACAUCAAGAUGAGUAAACACUACAGACAGCGUUUAACACCGAAACAUCAAGAUUCUAAGCAUAUACUGUUCUCAGUUUUCACAGCAAACGAUAUAAGAAAUUUAAGUGUAGCGAAAAUCAGAACACCAUUGUCUUUUAACAUUCUUGGACAUCCGUUAAAGGGUGGAUUGUAUGACCCAUCCUUAGGCACAACGAAAAGCACCUCGGAGCUAUGCAGCACAUGUGGGCAUAGUGGUUUCAAGUGUCCAGGCCACUUCGGCCAUAUAGAAUUGCCAGUGCCUGUUGUAAAUCCAUUAUUUCACAAAGCAUUAUCUACACUACUCAAACUAUCAUGUUUAAGGUGCUUCACGUUACAAGUACCGCCGUACAUCAAAUUAUUGCUGUCUGCAAAAUUAAAAUUGCUUCACCAAGGACAACUUAGCGAUCUCGACGGCUUGGACGAAGAAGUAACGUCUGUAAUAACGAGCACUCGGAAAGAAGAGGAACAAACGGAAUGUGUUCGUAAUAUAAUUGAAACUUACAUGGAGAACUUCGUCAAUAGAACCAGAUACAAUCGAGUCGCGCCUGACAGUCAUGAGAAUGAAACCAGUAUGAAGAACACCAUUAUGCAGUGGCACGUGUAUGUCGAAAACAUACUUAAGCAAUACGUGAGAACAAAUAAGGCUGGAGUAUGCAUGAAUUGUCACGAAUAUCUCCCAAAGAUUUCGACGCUCCAUAAUAAAAUAAUGAUAAACAAUAAGAAGGAUGCACCUUCCAAGGAGAUGCUCUCUCGCCAAGUGGUGCACAAGCUGGAGCCGGUGAUGAUUAUGCCAGAUCAAUCUAAGGAAUAUCUGCGGCAACUGUGGAAAAACGAAAAGGACUUUCUCGAAAUAAUUAUACCCUGCUUAGAAUUGGUAGACAUCGAAUAUCCUACCGACGUGUUCUUCUUCGAAGUGAUACCCGUACUACCACCGAUCGUACGGCCGGUAAAUUUCCUUAAUGGUCAAAUGGUCGAGCAUCCUCAGACUCACAUCUACAAGGGCAUUAUACAGGACUGUUUGGUCCUGAGAAAUAUUAUACAAACGAUCCAGGAUGGAAGCCCUGAUGUCUUGCCACAAGAGGGUAGACUUGUUUUUGAACAGAUCAAGGGAGUUACGGCAGUUGAGAAGUUGCACAAUGCUUGGCAGGCGUUGCAGAGUAACGUGAAUCAUUUGAUGGAUCGCGAUAUGAACAGAACUCCCGAGUCCAUCAAUGGCCAGGGUCUGAAGCAGAUUCUUGAAAAGAAGGAGGGUAUCAUUCGGAUGCACAUGAUGGGUAAGAGAGUCAACUACGCCGCGCGCUCGGUUAUUACUCCGGAUCCUGACUUGAGUAUAAAUGAAAUUGGUAUCCCCGAGGCGUUUGCAUGCAAAUUAACAUAUCCCACGCCAAUAACGCCGUGGAAUGUCGUUGAAUUGAGACGAUUAGUCCUGAACGGCCCCGACGUUCAUCCCGGCGCAGUUAUGGUGGAAAAUGAGGACGGAUCGGUACAAGCUAUCGACGGUAACAAUCCCACGCAGAGAGAAGCCAUCGCGAAGCGUCUUUUGACCACAAACGACAGGACCACGGAGUCUUUUAUCGGUGUCAAAAUGGUACACCGGCAUCUCCAAACUGGCGAUGUGUUGCUAUUAAACAGACAGCCGACGUUGCACAAACCGAGUAUAAUGGCCCACAAAGCGCGCGUACUGAAGGGUGAGAAAACGUUGCAUCUGCAUUAUGCCAAUUGUAAAGCGUACAACGCGGACUUCGACGGCGACGAGAUGAAUGCCCACUUCCCGCAAAAUGAGCUGGCCAGGAGCGAGGGUUACAACAUAGCGAAUGUGUCCAAUCAGUAUCUCGUGCCGAAAGACGGGACUCCGUUAAGCGGGCUCAUACAAGAUUACAUGGUAUCUGGAGUGCGAUUAACGACCAGAGGUAAAUUCUUUUCAAAGGCGCAUUACACACAGCUGGUUUACACCGCGCUGUCGACGAAGCAAGAGAGUAUAAUUCUUCUACCGCCGGCUAUCGUCAAGCCGAAAGUGUUGUGGUCGGGCAAGCAGGUCCUCUCGACGGUCAUCAUCAAUAUUAUUUCCCCGCAUAAGGCGCGAAUCAAUCUGGUCUCUACCACGAAGAUCAGCGCGAAGGAGUGGCAGGCGGAGGCUCCGCGACGUUGGAAAUGCGGGACGGAGUUUGAAAACCUGGCAACCAUGUCGGAAACUGAAGUUAUAAUUCGGCACGGAGAAUUAUUAUGCGGUGUACUCGAUAAGAUGCAUUAUGGUGCGACUCCCUACGGUCUCAUCCAUUGUAUUUACGAGUUGUACGGGGGAAUAUGCGCGAGCAAUAUGCUGAGCGCGUUUGGCAGGCUGUUCCAGACGUUCCUGCGGUGCGACGGAUUCACUCUCGGUGUCGAGGACAUUCUGAUAACCCGUGAAAACGACCAGAUGCGCAAAGAGAUCAUCUCCAAUUGCAGAAAGGUCGGGGAUACCGUGCAGAAGUCUGUGUUAAAAGUACCCGACGAUACACCCGUGCACGAAAUUCGGGCUAAAAUGGAGGAAUCUUAUUGGAAUAACGCAAAAUUUCGCGGGCAGAUCGAUCACAAGUACAAGAGCACCAUGGAUGUUUACACCAAUGAUAUUAACAGAGUCGGCCUGCUGACGGGACUCCUCAAGAAGUUUCCGGACAAUAAUUUGCAGCUCAUGGUGCAAUCUGGUGCGAAGGGGUCCACGGUUAACACCAUGCAGAUAUCGUGUUUGCUCGGUCAGAUUGAAUUAGAAGGCAAGAGGCCGCCGUUGAUGAUCAGCGGGAAGAGUUUGUCGAGUUUUCCGGCAUACGAUCCAACUCCCAGAGCCGGUGGUUUCAUCGACGGUAGAUUUAUGACUGGCAUCAAGACCCAGGAAUGUUUCUUUCAUUGCAUGGCAGGGCGCGAAGGUCUCUGCGACACUGCGGUAAAAACCAGCAGGUCCGGUUACCUGCAAAGGUGUUUGAUAAAACAUUUAGAAGGCUUGAUUGUUAAUUACGACGCGACGGUCAGAGACUAUGACGGCAGUUUAAUUCAGUUUUAUUACGGGGAGGACGGCCUUGAUAUACCGGGCUCACGUUUCCUGACGAAGAAUCAAAUCUCAUUUUUAGUUGACAAUAAAGAUUCUAUUUUAGAUACCAAGCUGCUGGAGUGUCUAAAGACGGACAACGAGGAGAUUAUGAAGACGAUGAAAAAGAUCAAGAAGUGGGAGAGUAAAAAUGGCCCCUGCUUGCGAAAGAGACGAGUCAGCGGGUUUAGUAGAUUCUCUAUGGAGAAUUCUAGUCAGAACAACAGUGCCAAACGAGAGGUCAUUAAUAGCCACAGUGGGAGAAGUAAGGCCGCGUUGUCACUCAUAAGGAAGUGGACAAAGACGAAGGAGGAGGUGAAAAAAUCAUUUCGCGCACAAUGCGCUAAAUGCCCCGAUCCGGUGAUGUCGAGGUACAGACAAGAUAUUGAAUUCGGUGUAUUAUCCGAACAAAUGGAGAGCAUAAUGGACGAGUAUCUCUUUCGUACGUCGAAAUCUAUUAAGAAAUCUGUCCUGAGAGACUUGUUAUCUAUAAAAGUUAUGAAGACCAUCUGUCCGCCCGGUGAACCGGUUGGUUUACUAGCGGCGCAGUCCAUCGGCGAGCCGUCCACUCAAAUGACCUUGAAUACCUUCCACUUUGCGGGACGUGGAGAGAUGAACGUGACCUUGGGUAUUCCUAGACUACGUGAGAUCUUGAUGAUGGCGUCGAAGAACAUAAAGACUCCGAGUAUGGAGAUACCCUUCCAAAGUGACCUGCUGAAUCUCGAGAAGCAGGCGAGGAAACUGAGAUUGAAAUUAACGAGGUGUGUCUUGCGUGACGUGUUGAAAGAUGUCACAAUAAGCAGGAAAAUGGAAGAAUGCCCGCAUCGAAAAUUGGUAUACACUAUAACGGUCCAGUAUCUCCCUCAUAAAUAUUACAAGAGAGAGUUUUCCGUUCAUCCGCGGAAUGUGAUCAAGCGCACCGAGGAGACCUUCUUCAAGAAUAUGUUCAAGGAAAUUACGAAACUUGCCAAAAUGACUAAAGUCUUGCUACACUUCGAUGGCGAGAAGAGACGGGUGACCGACGAGGACGCGGCAAUUGAUCAGAUUGAUCCUGACGAAAUAGUGCCAGAAAAUACUGAAAGCAGAACACGGAUGGACUUGGGUGAGAUGCACGAGUCGUCCGAUGAGGAAGAGGCCGCGGAAGACGCUGACGCAACGAUGACUAAGUCCUUGUCGCGUCACCAAGAGAAUCAGGAAUAUGAGGACCCCGAGGAGGAAGAGAUUGAAGAUGUUGUAAAUGACAAGGAGGAAGAAGCAGACGAUAAUAAUAAUGCGGAUAAAAUUCAUAUGAAUGAGGAGGACGACGAAGAUGAUGACGAUGAUAUUAAGGCGUUGAAUAGAAAAAAUAAACCCACUGACAGAAAGGAAUGUGUCAUCCAAAUGUACGAACAGGCUAUGGAUUAUGAUUAUGACGAAAGUAAAUUAUUGUGGUGCAAAUUCACUUUUUGGUUACCACUCAAAACGAUCAAAUUGGAUUUGCCAACGAUAAUCAAGAAUGCUGCAAGCAAAACUGUCUUGUGGGAAACACCAUGCAUCAAGAAGGCUUUUACAUUUCAAAACAAUAAAGGCGAAACAAUUCUCAAAACAGAUGGUUUAAAUAUAGUGGAAAUGUUCAAGUACGAUAACAUACUUGAUUUAAAUAGAUUAUAUUCUAACGACAUUUAUAAUAUUUCUCAAACGUAUGGAAUUGAAGCUGCAAAUAGAGUCAUUGUAAAAGAGGUACGGGAUGUUUUCAAAAUGUAUGGUAUCACUGUUGACUCUAGACAUCUGUCCUUAAUUGCGGACUAUAUGACCUUUGAUGGCACAUUCAAACCGCUUAGUCGAAAAGGAAUGGAAGAUUCUGCUUCGCCAUUACAGCAAAUAAGUUUUGAAAGUUCGAUAGGUUUUUUGAAAACAGCGAUGUUGCAAGGUGAGUCAUGUUGGAUAAAAAUUUACAUUAUAUAA